CAACGCUUCUUGAUCAAGCUCGGCAAUAUCAACGACAGAGUUGUAUUUAUCAUAAUCCGCCUGAGAACACGAUUGCGUUCUCACUACUUAUGGAUCAUCAAUGUGACAAGAGUGCUUUCCCACGCGUAACGACAAUGAUAUUGGAAGUGCAUGCCGAUGAAGUAUGGAACAUAGCUUGGAGUCAUAACGGAGAAUAUUUGGCAAGCGCGAGUAAGGACAAGACAGCCAUUAUAUGGCGAAUUGGGUCCGAAUCAGAACCUUCGAUGCGGGAGUGUGCCCCGGAGUUGAUCCUGCGAGAUCAUCCGUACUCAGUCGGCUGCGUUGCAUGGUCACGGGACGAUGCAAUCCUGCUUACAAGUGCAGACCACCUCAUAAAGAUGUGGGACGCAAGGAGUGGAAUAUGUCUGCGAACGCUCGAUGCUCAUUCUGAGACAGUUUCAGCCCUUACCUGGCUUCCAGACGGCUCUGGAUUCAUUUCUGGCGGUCUAGAUCGCAAGAUUAUUCUAUGGGAUGCAGAAGGAAAGCAGCGGGACUCAUGGGGCAUAACAGCUAUGCGCGUGACAGACCUUGCAGUUAGUCCUGAUUUCUCACGCUUGGUAUCCGUGGGCAUGGACUAUGUCGCACCUACGCCACCAGCACACGAAUUUGAACAUGGCCAUGGGCGGGAUACAUCGCCACCUAUAUCAGGAAGCGGGAACGGCGCAUCGAUAGCAAACGUGCCAAGAAGCCCAGAGAACUGGAUGAUUAUAUAUGAUCUGGCUUCAAAGCAGAUGGAGUCAUCCAUACGACUUGACGGCGAGCUAACUAGUAUCAAGAUAUCUGACGACUCGCGCUAUGCUCUUUUUAACCGUUCUCCUGACGAAAUACAUCUAUGGGACCUUGCUGCAGGUCAACUUGUUCGAAAGCUAACAGGACAACGUCAAGAGCACAAUGUUAUCCGGAGUUGUUUUGGAGGUAUUGAUGGUAAUUUCAUCGUCAGUGGCAGUGAAGAUGGUAAUGUAUAUGUGUGGCAUAGAGAUAGCGGGUCACUUCUCGAAGUGCUAUCUGGCCACGGUGAGGGAAGCGUCAAUUCUGUGGCCUGGAAUCCGCGCAAUGAACGGAUGUUUGCAUCAUGUUCCGACGACAACACUAUCCGCAUAUGGGAGGUCCCUCCUACUGACGCGUUCGAGCUAUCAUCUGGUCGUGCAGAUUAUUCUCAACUAGAGCCAAGCGGCAAAGGGAAAGGCAAAGUUAACCAGCAAUGGGAUGGUGCUUAGCGAGAGGACGCACGCUUUGACAAUUUUGUAUUCUUGCCUGCUGCUAGGACAAUUCGUAAACAUAUCUCACAUCUAUCGUGAAAGCUUUUCCGAUUAUUCACUUCAAAUCGAAUUCAACUCAAACUCACGACAUGUCACGCAUAGUAUUAGACUGUUACAAUAGCAUUCCUAACGGGAACGUAAAGAUACUGUUAUAUAUAUUUCAACUAUCCUUGCUUUUUGGCUCGAAUUAUGGAUUUUUUGAAUUAAAUGCAUCAACUUGUUGAUGUCUUGCUAA